CAAGAAGCAAUAGGCGGAACGGCCGUGAUUUCGUGCCUUAUCGGCUCGAUAGCUUUCGCGCGUGUUGUGUGUGUUGACACCGUGGCCCGCAAAAAUGCUUCCCGGAAUCGGAAUGUUCGGGACGGGCGAAGUGACGCAUGUUCUGGUGCCGAUAUUGCGUGACAAGGGCUUCAACAUCGUGGCCAUCUGGGGCCGCACGCUGAAGGAGGCGGAGCAGGCGGCCCAGGAGCUCCGGAUACCGUUCCACACGGCCAAGAUCGACGAUGUGCUGCUUCGGAAGGACGUUGACCUCGUGUUUAUCACCUGCCCACCGUAUCUGCACUCUCAGAUUUCGGUAAAGGCCCUUGGCAUCGGGAAGCACGUCGUCUGCGACAAACCCAUGACGUUGUUGCAGACCGAUGCACUGAAGAUGGUGCGCGCCUGCCAGUACUAUCCGACACUAAUCUCGAUCGUGAACCACUCGCUGCGCUUUCUGCCCGCGAUCGCACACAUGCGGCGAGCCAUCCACGAGGGUUACCUCGGCCCGGCCUCCGACCUGUCGCUGAUCGACGUGAAAGUGCGCAUGGGAUCGCUGUUCCGGACAAGGUACGAUUGGCUGUGCGAUGAGACGAUGGGUGGCGGAGCGCUCAAUCUCGUCGGAAGCCAUGUGAUCGAUUUGGUUAAGUUUCUGACCGAGCGCAAGGCGAUCCGCGUGCACGGAACGGUGCGAACGUACGUGCAGCAAGUGAACGGGAUCGCGGGCAUACGGCGCAUCACGGCACCGGACUUUUGCAUGUUCCAGAUGGAGCUCGAAGGGGGCAACGGUGGCCCGGGGACGCUCGUGACGGUCAACGUGAACUGCCACCUGUCGAACAACUCCUUCCAGCAGGAGGUGGUCGUGUACGGUCCGAAUGGUCACUUGACGGUGCGCGGUGGCGAUCUUGUCGGCCACCGGCGCAACGGGGACACCGGCACUAUCAAGGAGGAGAUGCUGUACGUGGAUGUGCAGGAUUUGCAGUUUUCGCCCGGCGGUCAGGACACCGUGCUGCCGAGGCCCUACGUGAAGGGGCUCUGCAAGUUGGUUGGGGCACUGCGGGAUGCAUUCCACCCGAACAAGGAGAGCGCGGGAUGGAUCAAGGAACCGGUACAGGCGGCGGCCACCUUCGAAGACGGACUGUACGUGCAGGCGGUGCUGGACGCGGUACGGAAGUCGAGUGACGAGCGGUGCUGGACGAAGGUUUCGAUCUGCACCGACUCGCCGACGAACCAAAAGGGAGCUCUGGCUAGUGCGGCCGCCCGGAUCGCGUCCGUCUCGGCCAUUCGGGUCGACCCCAGUAUUAACCACGCAGCCGGGUACUUCUGAGUGGUCCCUUCACGUCGCGCCGACUGACCGCAGGUUGCCGGUGAAUCGUAAAUCGUCCUUUUUAUAUGCGUUUAUUUAUUAUUACUUUUUAAAAGAUAACCCAAUCCAACUCGUAGGUUUAACGCCGCCACGCGAACAACAAUGGCCGAAAGGCUUUCUGUGUGUGAGAGAGAGAGCAUUUUUCCACUGCUAUCAAGUACAAUCUUUUACAAACAUUCUCUUUGUAUCUAAAUCGAAGCUAUUUAUUACCGCAAGCGUGCUCCAUCAGUCCACCGUCCAUCGCUAAUCACUAAAUUAAUGCCAUCCUUUCGAGUUUUCCAAUCACGCGCCAUUGUUCGUUCAUUUGCCGUUAGAGUAUCAUUCGUCGUUUUGUGCGAUGUGAAUUUUGUAUUUGUGUUUUACACCGGGAAACAAGGAAUAAAUAAUAUUUAUCGUCACUUCACUUGCUGGCAGCGAGAUUACAUCCGACAGGCGGUAG